CCCAUUCCUUCCCUCUCCCCGAAAGGAGAAGCACCUCCAGAGGCAAACACCCCGGAAAGGCCACGGGUGACUCCCCUCGCGUGGGCGGCCUGGGAUAAGAGCAGGAUGUGCCGAAAGAAGACGCAGAAAGAAGGGAGACGCCACGGCGGAGGAUGGCUCCGGUUCUCGCAGCGCGACAGGGGACCCCCAACCCCGCCACGUACUUCAGGCGAACCCCGCUCAUCCUGAUGCUGAUGAUCGGAGGCACCAAUGCCUUCCACGCCUGGACAUUCUUUGCACCUCAAACCAUCCCCUAUGACAAGCUGGGACCACUGGGCACUUUAACCAAGUAUCUUCUGGAACAUUAUAACACUCCUUUGAGAAUAUGGUUUGUGACGAUCUGGAUACUUCAUACUCUGUACGCAUUUAUUGGUCUCAAGCAAUGCAAGGAGAAAGGCAUCACUGAUCGCAUGACCCAGGUUCGGUGGUUUGCUCAAACUGUUAUAUAUGGAUUAGGUUCUCUGUUCUUCUUGUGGAUUUACAAACCACCAAUGAAAAGCAAAUCAAAUGAAGGAUUCAAGCAGAAGACAACAUAGCAACACACAGUCUGGCAUUUUGGUCUUGUUCUCAGCUUGAAAAUAGUUGGGUCCCUCAAUAAUUAAUAAAUCCAAAGUACAUCAUGUUUAUUCCUACCAGGAAAAAACACACUACCUUCUUCAUGUGCCGUUAGCUCUGAGGAAAUACAAUAUUAAAUUAUUGAGACCAAGCA